AUGGCAGAGCAGGGGAAGAAGACGGGGGAGCAGGACAAGAAGAGGCCGCGGCUCUCCGACAAGGCCGAGGGCAGCGGCGCCAAGAAGUCCAGUGUCGUCGCGGUGACCACGGUGUCACCGGCGGAGCUCACGGUGCCGAGUCCGGUGGCCCCAAGGAGGGCGGCGCUGUCCUCGCCCAGCCCCGUUGCAAAGGUGAAGCCGGUCACCACGGUGGGGCUGACCAGUCCUGUCGCCGUCAUGCCACCGGCGCUGCCGGUGCCGAGUCCGGUGGCCACGAAGACGCGGACACUGGCCGAGCUCAAUCCGGUUCCCAUCACGAAGUCAGCCGCCACGGUGGCGGUGACCAGUCCAGUGGCCGCCACGCCACCGGCGCCCAGUCCAUCGGCAACGAGGGUGCUCGCGGGACAGAGUCCGGUGGCCACGAAGACGCCGACACCCAGUCAAGUGGCCACCGCGAAGCCGGCUGCCGUGGUGAAGCGGGAUGAAGAAGGCGCGGAACACAAUGGUGGCGCAAUGGUGGCCCUCGCGGCGGAAGAGGAUGAGCCUGCCAACUUGGACUUGCCGAAGAAAUUGUUUCACUGCGCCGCCUGUCGUGCCCCCCUCAAGCCUCCGGUGUUCAAGUGCGAAACGGAGCAUUUCCUGUGCUGCGCCUGCGGUGGCGACGACGACGGCGACGGAGACGGCGGAGCGACCAAGCACUGCGGUCCAUGCGGGCAUGACGUCUCCUACACCCACUCCGGCUUCAUGGACAGCGUGGUCAGCGCCUACAAGGUGCCAUGCCCGUACAAGCAGCACGGCUGCGCGAGCUCCAUCGUGUACCACGCGGCGGCGGACCACAAGGCCAAGUGCGCGCACGCGCCCUGCUACUGCUUGGAGUGCACGCCCCCGUUCGAGGGCUCGCCGGCGGACCUCCUGCGCCACCUCACGGCGCCGUCCGGGAAACACUCCUGGCCCACGGAGAAGAUCAAAUACGAGUCGAGCCACCCGCUCGUCGUGCAGGCGCCGUCGGGGGAUUACCGCUGCCUGCUGGUCGCAGAGGACGGCAUCGUGUUCCUCCUGGCCGUGGGCGCCGGCAGGGGCCCGGCCGGGCGCCGCCCCGUCAACGUCGUGUGCGUCAGGGGCAACGCCGACGCCGACACGAGGCCGCUGUACACAGGCGUGCUCUGGGUGGAUGGGCCCCUGGCCGCCCCCGGCCACCUCAGGGGCAGUGUCCAGGUGAAAGGGGACGUGGCGAACUGCUCCGUCCCGGGCGAGGUGGACAUGGAACAAGGCUGGCUCCAUGCGCAUGUCAACCCCAACAUGCUGCACGGAGAGUCCGGCGAGGUUCAUCUGCGCCUCCGUAUAACCAAGUUCCCAUGA